AGAGCGCCAGAGGAGAGGAUGAGCUUGGAGGCUGGGAAGAAGCGGGGCCGCCCCACGGUCUCUGGAGACAAGAAAGCCAAGCGGAAGCUGAAGAGGAAGGAGACCUACUCGGUUUACAUCUACAAGGUGCUGAAGCAGGUGCACCCGGACACGGGGAUCUCCUCGAAGGCCAUGAGCAUCAUGAACUCCUUCGUGAACGAUGUGUUCGAGCGCAUCGCCAGCGAGGCGGCGCGCCUGGCGCAGUACAACAAGCGCACCACCAUCACCAGCCGCGAGGUGCAGACGGCCGUGCGCCUGCUGCUGCCCGGAGAGCUGGCCAAGCACGCCGUCUCCGAGGGCACCAAGGCCGUCACCAAGUACACCAGCAGCAAGUGACCGCUGCGCCCUAAUAAACCGCACCGCUGCCCCCGCACCACUGCGUCCUGUCUGGGGG